AUGUUUUGCUUAUGCGGUCCAAGAGAAACAGAUUAAAACGAAAAGAGCCAAGAAACUCUGAACUAACAAAUAGCUACAAGUCUUUAAGCAAAUAUGAGAAAUAAAUCAAUAAAGCCAUUUAUGAAUAAGGAUUAAAGUGCAAAUAUAGAAAAUAGUAUAAAUUAAUGUAAUGUAUUUUUGAUUAGUAGAAUUCAUAUAAAAAAGUGAUUAAUAAAGAGAAUUCAAGGAAUAUACAGAUUUUAUAAAUGGUUAUUAUUAAGUAAACAAUUAAAAGUCUUAAAUCUAAUUAUCAAAUGACACUGAACUUUCAGCAAUUAAAUUUGAAGUAAGUAUAAUUGUAAUUUAGGAAACAAAGACAAAUGAUGAUCAAAUGAGACUUAUGCAUCUUGGAGAUGGAUUAUUAGCUAGAAUUAUUAGCAUUAAUUAAGCUAAUACGUCAUCAUGCAAAGAUUCCUUUUCUCCAUUUAUAAUGAAAGUAUUGUAUGAAACAAAGAGGCUCUAUGAUGUAAUCUAACUAUAAUUAACUUAAAGAUUAAUCCUAUUUAAGAAGUUUAAUUUGUAAAACAUUUAGUUCCACAUUUUAUAACAGAGCAAACUUAUUAGAGAGUCAAGAAUGAUAAAUUGUUAAUUGCUCAUGAUCCAACAGGAAGUUUUUUAAUCAAACAUGCACUUUCAAGUUAAGAGGUCUAUUAUAUUUAAGAAUCGAAAAUAUUUCUAAAUAUUAUUACUAAUGCAUUAAAUAUUCUAAAAUCUUAAGAUAAAGUAAAUUACAUAUUUAAAUCAGAUAUAACAGAAAAAUUAGAUACUGUUAUUCUAAGUAAGUCUGUUAAUAAUUUUUAGAUUUACUUCACAUUUAAGAUACCCCUAUAGCUUUUGUUAUUUAAGAAUAUUUAACAUUAGCUCAUGAUAUGAUAAUUAUUUUGUCUCCUAAAAUUGAUUAUCAUGAAAUGGUAUCUUAAUUACGUUAAGGAAUUAAAUAAAGGUAUUAAAUACAUUUAUACUUUAAGUGCCUAAUCGAGAUUAUACUGUAGUGUUGAAAUUUAAAAUGUUUAUAAUGGAGCUCAGCUUUAGGCAAGAAUUGUUUACUAUGGAGAAAUAUCAUAAAUUACUUAAAAUCAAUAAUUAAGUUAUUUAUAUGAAUGCAUAUCAAAAAACAUGAAAAAGACUUAUAAAUAUAAAAAAUUUAUAAAAGAUCUAAAAAAUUAAGUUGGAAUAAUGAAAUUAGUAGAUUUGUUUGCUUUAUAUGGUUUACUUAAUAAUUAGACUGAAGAAUAUUUUCGUAGAUUUUUUAAAUAAAUGAAAUAAAGUUACUUUUAGAAUUUAAAAUCUUCUGUGUAUAAAUUUUAGAAAGCUGAAAGUAAUUAAUCUUAAACAGAAUCAGAAAAUGAAGAUCCUGCUCCUUUAGUCUAAUAUGGAAGUUCAAUUAUAUUUUAAGAAAUUAAAACAUACAGUAAAAGUUUAUCUACUCAUGCUGUUAAGUCUGAAUAUGUUCAUUUUUAUUCAUAAAAUAACUAAAGUAAUAAAAAUAAGAAUAAAGCAUAAGAAAAAGUAGAGUUAGUGUAAUCUAUCUUCUAGAAAUGA